AGUGACAUGUAGGUGAAUAAUCGACAUUCCAAAAGAGGUUUUAGUCGUUCUGCAAUGUUUUUCACUAAAUAGCGCAGGUGAUAGCAGCAGAUUGCAGUUAACUUAAGUGAAAAAUAAUGUCUUCGAGAGUUCUACGUAAAUUGCAAGGUGAAAAAGAGAAAGAUCUGGUCGAAAAUGAAAACACUUCCGAUAUAGAUAUCGACACUCCAGUUGGAGGUGCCCGAAGAAAACAACUUAAUAUAAACCGCUACGACUUGCUAAACCAACAAUCCCAUUCAGAAAGUGAAGUAAAGGAAGACGAUAAUGAAACUGAAGCAGCUAAAUCUUGCGAGGGGGAUAACGUUCACGAGUCUGUGAAAAAGAAACGCAGGAAAAGGAAGAAGAAAUCGGGGAAACAUUCUAGUACUCACCGAAGCAGUGAAGACAAUGCCGAUAUUGAUGAAGUGGAAAGGUCAGUGAGGGAAGUGAACAGGCUCCUUGGUGAGAAUGUUUCACCUAAAGUUGCGACCCCAACAAAUCAAAAAAGCCACGAAAGAAGCAGUUACAAGAAAACUAUACUUUCGCUGCAACAUAAACACUUGAAUCCUAAUAAUGAGCUUAAGAGGAUAUUUGGUUCCAAGAUUCUUCAAACCGAACAUAAGCGUAAGAGUAGAGGUGGAUCGAGGGGUCACUUGAAAGCCACGUGGAUGGUUACGUAUAAAGAAAACUGGCCUCAAGUAGGUAGAUCGGGUUUAUCCAUGUCUCUUAAGGAAAAUAAGGAUGGACUACAGUACUUCAGCUACGAGCACAGUCUGAGCUAUAGGCAGGUGGAAAAUAAGUUUUUGCAAGCAGUGGAAAGUCUGAAUCCUGAUAAUAUCGUUGCUAUUAUUAAUGAUCACCCUUACCACGUGAAUGCGUUGAUACAACUCUCUGAUUUGUGUAAGUUAAGUGAAGAUUUGGCUAUGGCUGCGGAGUUAAUCGAGAGGGCCCUGUAUUGUCUCGAGUGUGCUUUUCAUCCGUUGUUCAAUGCGGCCCAAGGAAAUUGCAGGUUGGAUUACAGGAGGCAGGAAAACAGAGCCUUAUACGUAACGGUCUUCAAACACCUAAUGUUCCUGGGAGGAAGAGCUUGUUCCAGGACGUCGCUAGAAUUUUGUAAGCUAUUGCUGUCGCUGGAUCCGGACACAGAUCCCGUCGCUAUAAAGCUAGCUAUAGACUUUUACGCUUUGCGGGCGAAAGAGUACCAGUGGCUGAUCGAUUUCAUAACUGAAUUGGAUGCGACAUAUAACUUGAUGCAACUCCCCAAUUUUUCCUAUAAUGUUCCACUUGCCUAUUUUAACAUUGGGAACACGGAAAAAGCCGACAGUUUGAUUCAAGAAGCACUGUUAAUGUUCCCAAGCGUUCUAAUGCCACUACUAGAACAGUGUUCAGUGCAGAUAGACAGCAGGGUAUCAAGUCAUCCGUUUUUCGCAAAACUAAAUGAAAAAGAUACGCCUUCAUCAUUGGGCCAAUUGGUUCUGUUAUAUGUCAGUCGAAAUUACCAUUUGUGGAAAGAUUCCGAUUUGAUGGCAUGGUUAGAAAGAAACGUACAUGAAGUGUUAAACAGGGUGGACAAAAAUAGUGCUUUGGCAGAAGAAUAUAAAGAGAAGAGACUAAGGAGAUUUUCAGGACCAAUGCCUUUAAGUAUAGGCAGACACAUCAUUUUAUCUGAUGACGUCAAAGGAUUGUCAUUUUCGGAUUCGUCGGGGCCAAUAAUGACCUUCGAUCCCCUCCCUCCCAAGGACUCUAUCAAUCUGUAUUCGAGACCAAAGCGACCUACGGUUGUAAACAAUGUCUCGAACCCGUUGGCUAUGUUUUUGGGAUCUCUGAUGCCCGAUUUCAAUCCUAAUCAGUUACCAGGAAAUGUCGAAGGAGGUCAGCAACAAGACGAGGCUCAGGCUCUUCCCCGAGACGAUUACAGCAACGGCGAGUUCAGAAGAAGCGUGGCAACGUUGGUGGACGCCAUGCGCGACCUCCUGAGCAACAUCCACCCGGAACACCAGCGCCACAACGACGCCGACGACGACAACGGCGACUCCGCCGACGACGAUCUCACCUAGGGGAAUUCCGGAAGGCCUCGGCCAGUGGCGUGCCUAUUCCCGACGUUUGACAGAGGGAGUGGGUCUCGGUCGGGGCCGCGCAGUAUUCGGUACGUUUGAACUACUUCCAAAGGAAAACACUUUCUAAUAUAAAUUAUACAAAUUAAGUCUGUUGUUUUUGGUCGGAUUUGUGUUAUUACCAAGCGCGAAUUUCAGUUUUUACAAACUUUUAUUAAUAUUUAAGAUAUUUUUCAUCUACCGUAUGAUAAAAAAUGGCGUCCAGUAGGCUUCCAAAAAACAUGCACCAUCUCUCGUGGGGAGAUUCGUCACGUAAAAAUAAGAUUUAUUUUUCAUAUCAACAUAGGUUCGAUUCUGCUUUCAUAUCAACAUAUGUUCGAUUCUGCUUUGUUUCGUAGCUACAGGGUGUUAAAGUCUUAAUAAUCUUUCGAUUUAUUAUAAUUUUUGUGAUUUGAAUGAAAUUUUGGCGGUAAAAAUUACUAUAAGUGCUACAUAUUUUAAUGCUAAAAAGUGUCGAUAAAUUUAUCAAGGAUGUAUGUGCAUAUGGGUUGUCACUCGAAUAUUUUUCAAAAAAAAAACAUGUGUGCCACUUUUGUGUGGGCCGCUUAAUGCCUAUUAAAAGUUAUCUCUUGAUAUUUUGUCGAAUUCGGCCUCCUUGAUGAGACAAACGCAUUUUUAUUAAUCACAAUAAAUAAAGUUAAUAAAUUAUAUACACUUGCGUGCAUAGAAAUCGGCCCAAGGCAAAGUUUUAAAGUUAACUAUAUAUUUUUUAGAAUCUGUUUGUCAGAUUAGGAAAAAAUACAUGCUGUUUGAAAGACAAUUUCAUAUUCUUUGAAAAGAGUUUAGAGAUAUUAAUUUGUAUUUUGGUUUCUUUGAAUUAAAAUUAUUAAAUUAAUGCAUGAAACAAAUUAUCGCUUUUUAUUACUAAGAGGUGUAUGUUAUUAUUUAUUUAUUUAUUUAUGGACAAUUAACUAAACUAAAUUUUCAAUAAUGGGUAUGACCCCCUCUUGCUCUAACAACAUCUCUCAUACGAUUUGGCAUAGAUUCGAUCAAAUUUGAUAUUGUUUCUUGCGGGAUGUUAAGCCACUCUUCCUCUACUGCAACAAUGAGCUCUGGGAUAGAAGUUGGGGCUCUUCGUCUAGUACGAAUUCUUCGUUUUAGCUCAUCCCAUAAAUGUUCUAUCGGGUUUAAGUCUGGACUGCAUGCUGGCCAUUCCAUAACCCGAAAUCCGACUUCUGAAAUGUAAUCGUGUACGAUUCUUGAUGUGUGUGCAUUCGCAUUGUCAUGCAUAAAAGUGAAUUCGUUUCCAAUGUAGUCAACGUAAGGUACCACAUGAACUGCUAAAAUCUCCUCAAUAUACCUAGCACCAGUUAAACCUCCUCUCCCGUGCCGACGACGGUCGCCCCAACGGAUGAAAACUGGGUCGGUUCGCGCAGUCAUAGAAAUUGCAUCCCAGAUCAUGCAGGAACCACCUCCAUAAGCAAUCCGCUCCUCAAUGCAGCAUUCUGCGAAUCGCUCACCUGGCCCCUCCGCACAAUGGAUCGAAGCAUAGGAAAAUAGGGACAUUGACUUAUUUCGAAAUUAACACUUUUAUUUUACUGUUUUUUAUGUACGACUUCAAUAAAUACAACAAAAAUCUAAAUUAAUAUAGCAUUUUGUACCAUAUAGUUUACAAAAUAUACAGGGUGUCUCAAAAAAGAACUAAUAUCUAAACAAAAAUAUUAUAACAAAAAAGAAAUUGCUUUCUCUGUUAAAUCUAAAUUAAUAUGGCCUUUUGUACCAGAUAUUUUAAAAAAUAUACAGGGUGUCUUACAAAAAGAGCUCAUCUAUAAACAAAAAAGAAAACAAAACAUUAUAACAUAUGAGAAAUUACUUUCUCUGUUAAAUCUAAAUUAAUAUGGCCUUUUGUACCAAAUAGUUAACAAAAUAUACAGGGUGACUCACAAAAGAACUAAUCUCUAAAUAAAAAAGAAAACAAAAAUAUUAUAACAAAAGAGAUAUGCUUUCUCUGUUAAAUCGCUAUGAAUUUUAUCACAGCUACGCAUAUCAGUUAUAUAUGGAUCGGAAGACAACAAAAGAUUAUGUAAAGUGUCUUCAUUUGCAAAAGUUCUGUUAGACCUUCUUGAACGGCAUUCUCUAUAUUUCCGAAAGUAUUUAUUCCUAGACUCUGAGGCCUCUUCAGACAGAUGCCCUAUCGGAAACCAAAAAUUGCUGAUGAGUUUUGCUCCGUGUAUCAAAAUUUUGUGUAGAGAAGAUGGCAUGUAAUACCAUCUAUAAAGGUUAACUCUUCUGCACAAUACAAAUAUCUUUUUUGCAAAUUUAUUAAACUUUUCGGCAUUUAUUUUUUUUUCCUGAAACCAAAACUUGGAGUAAUGUAUAUAGUCUUUUCAGCAAUCAAUUCAUCGUUUCCUGUAAUUUGUUAUGACUUUUCGAAGUUUCGGAAAAAUCUUCUCGCAGUGUUUCCAUCGUUAGUUGUGCCCCAUCCCUGUUUAACAUCAUCGACUAUCAAACCCAUUUCCUCCCUAAAUCUAAAAUAAAAUUGCAAAUAUAUUCUGCAAAGCAACGCGUGAUGCGCGUCCACGGCAAACUCGACAAAUUGCCGAA